UCUAUUUAUAAAACAAUAUUCGAUUUUAUUUUGGAAAUGUAAAUUCUGUUCCAAAAUAGCGUAAAAAUAUAUAUAUAUCGCACGCUCGCAUGUCAAAUGCUGUGCAUUUGACAAAAGCGCUGCUAGUAGAGAAAGAAGAUAAUUAUUUUUACACCGGUUGACCGGUUGACUGUUGGGAGACUAAACAAAAAUGGGUGCCAUUGUAUUCCUGACUGCGGCAGCUCAUCUUUUCUACACACCGUUUACAAAAGUAGAAGAGAGCUUUAAUCUACAAGCCAUGCAUGAUAUUCUGUAUUUGCGUAACAAUUUCACCCAAUACGAUCAUCAUGAGUAUCCUGGCGUCGUGCCUCGCACUUUUAUUGGACCGCUCAUCAUUUCGAUGUUGUCGGCUCCAUUCGUGCUGCUCUUUGAAACUCUGAGCAUGAAUAAGUUUUGGGCGCAAUAUGUAGUACGCCUUGUGCUUGCGGGAGCGAUUACUGUUGCUUGGCAGCAAUUGCGACAGGCGGUUACCAAGAUUUACGGCGUGGAGGUGCGUCUGUGGUUUACGGCCAUAACUAUAACGCAGUUUCACUUUAUAUUUUAUAUGAGCCGCCCGCUACCGAACAUCUUUGCACUACCGCUUGUGCUGCUUGCUAUUGCCUACUGGCUGCGUGGCCAAAGCAAGCCAUUCAUCAUUUGCUCGGGUAUAGCUAUUAUCGUAUUUCGCUCUGAGCUGGCGCUAUUUUUGGGCAUACUUCUGGCACUGGACCUAUUGCAAAAGAAGUUGUCCAUUGAUGGCUUAUUGAAAAUUGCCUUGCCCGCCGGACUGUGCAUUUUGGCAGCUACUGUCUUGGUGGACUCCUUCUUUUGGCGACGCCUCCUUUGGCCAGAGGGUGAGGUGUUGUGGUACAAUACCAUACUCAACAAGAGCGCCAACUGGGGCACCUCCCCAUUUUUGUGGUACUUCUACUCGGCGCUCCCUCGUGCCAUGGGCGGCUCUUUGGUAUUUGUACCGAUUGGCAUUUAUUUAGAGCCACGUAUACGACCACUAGGACUUUCAGCACUGGCAUUUGUAUUAUUGUACUCGCUCCUGCCACAUAAGGAGUUACGUUUCAUUAUCUACGUUUUUCCAGUGCUUAAUAUUGUGGCCGCUUGCGCCUGUCAUCGCAUGUGGAUUAAUAGUGCUAAAUCGGCUUGGCAUAGUUUUCUGGCACUCAUUGCAGCCUCACACUUAUUGUUCAAUGUGCUCAUCACCAUAUUUCUACUCGUCAUUUCCGGCACAAAUUAUGCUGGUGGAGCUGCGCUCUCCCGUUUGCAUCGCUUGGAAUCAGGAAACCCAAAUGUAUCCGUGCAUAUUGCUAAUUUGGCGGCACAAAGUGGAGUCUCACGUUUCAUGGAAGUGAAUGACAAUUGGAUAUACAGCAAGGAUGAGACUAUGAACUAUACGCAAGCUGAGAUGGCCAGAUAUAGUCAUUUGCUGGUAGAGACAAAGAAUAAACAAAACUCCGAGUUGUGGCUGAUUAUGCAGCAGGAUUUUGAGACUGUGGAGUUUGUGGAUUGCUUCAAUAGCAUUGGCAUCCAGUACAACUCUCUGUUGCCGGUACGCAUCAAGACGAAACCAUGCAUUGGUAUUCUAAAAAAACGCAAGCAGGCAACUAUAGAUCCCGAGCCUAUAGGUGUUGAAGAAAAGGCUACGAAGAAAAACAAGCGAAAAAAGGAGAAAGUUCGUACAGAUAGAGCAGCAGUGCCAAUGGAGAAGCUGUCAUUAGAAGCUGAACCCAUUUUUGAAACUGAACUGGACAGUGAACAGCAACUCGAUGUUGCUACAGUGCAAACUUCUUAUUUAGAACCUGAAUUGGACAGUGAAGAUGAACUUGAUGUUGCUUCAGAGCAAACUUCGUAUUUGGAACACAGAGCCUCUCUUGAGUUUGAUGACGAUGAUGGCAUAGUAGCUACAGUGGAAGAAACCUCAUUGGAACUGAAUGCAGACCCUGUUGAAGCCGCCAAAGAAAUAAAUUUCCAAGAACUGCGAAAUCUGGCUACAAAGCAUACUAAUCGUAAAUCUCGGGCUGCAACUAAACUUAAAAUACGUAAAAUUAUAGAGCAACACUACAGAUCUAAAGGACAGCACAUUGAGAACGAUUCGCAUGAGCAACAGACGAAGCCUGCACAAGGUCGCACUCCAGGCAUGCGUCAAUCCGUCAAGUCCAUAAUUAAGCAGGAGAAGAUUAAGGAAAUGAUUGAGCAGAUUGCCACAAUGGAUUUGUCACGCAUCUGCGACUUGGAAAAGACAACGACUAAGGACUGCUUAAAGCUAGUCAUAGACAAAAUUGAUGAUAGCGAAACAACCAAAUAAAAAUGUAAUCUAAUAAUACUAACGUGCUUAUACAUUUAUUGUUGUCUGAACAAAUUGCUGCUACUUGCACAAUUUGUAACUGAGAGUUCGUCAGAGGAUCUGAUACGUAUCUGAUGUAUAUGUGCGUGUAUUUAUGUGCUUAUAUAACUCAGUAACGUUGUUUCAUGUUGAGCUUCAAAAACUUGUAUUAAAUUGCAAUCUGUAUUAAAAACGCUGGCUUCAUCAUAAAUAACCUUAGGCUAUUAUAUAUCCUACGAACAGCAAAACAUCACCAAUA